GCUUCAACGCAAGCAGGAGAACUCCAAGUGCCAUGGCUGUGCGCUGAAGCACACGCACUACGAGCAGCUGGGGGCGCGGAGGUCAUUGGCAGCAGACAUCGAGGACCUGGACCGUGAACUGGGCGCAGAAUCCCUGGGCCUCCUGCCACAGCUGCGGGCCAAGGAACAGGUGUUGCGGGAUCUCCAAUGCCUGGAUGAAGACGGCCUCAUUUCUUUCAAAGGACAGGCUGCAACAGAGGUGCUCUCAGGCGAUGAGAUCACGGUUGCGGAGGUGGUGUUCCACAACAUUCUGGAAGGCCACACGCCGGAAGAAGUGGCAGCGGCCGUCACGGCCUUUGUCUUCCCGGACAAGGUGGAGAUGCCCGAGGAUGCAAAGAUGGAGGAGCUGCCGGAGAGCCUGGCUACGGUUCGGCAGGCCGAGAAAGAAUACGAGGAAGUAGAAUGGGAGAGCCUCAAGCUCUGCAGAGAGCAAGCCCCAUUGGUGGCGUUGGCCGGCAACAUGGAGGAGAAUGCUGCGGAGCAGCCCAACCAGGUUCCCGCACUGCACUUGCUCGACCACCCAUUCGAGCCGUUUCUCACCUAUGAAAUGGUGUCGGCAGACCGGCAGUGGAUGAGAGCCGUGGUGGGAUUGAUGAGGUGGAGGGAUGUCCCUGCCAGGCCUCAUGCCUGUGCAAAGACGUGCACCGAGUGCUGCCAGCUCCACAACGCCAGUUGGCGCGUGGCAGCCUGCGAUGCUCAAAGAGUUCCUGGCCAGCUAUGCCCCUGCAGAAAUCCAGACAUCCUGCCUCCGUUGCCCGAGAUGCCCGAGUCUCCGAGUAGCCUCGAGGGUCGGGCUUCAAAUUGA